UUGGCAACUUGCCGACUGCUCUGUUACCAUUGCCUCUCUCUCUCUCAGCUUCCGUCGGCCGCUCGCCUCCGUAUGCCGCUUGCCUUCCGUUCGGUCUUCUUCCACUUCCACUUCCACUUUACUCUUAUCAGCUAGAUAAGAGGAUUUUCUAGGUGUAGGCCAAGUAACGGUUUUGAUUCAGCCAAACAAGCAUUUGAUUGUCCCCUGAAAGAUGUCUAAUAAAGAUGAUAUUGAGAGCUCCAAAGCUGAUAUGGUCCAGGAAGGGCUAGGGGCUUCUGCAUUAUCGGGUGAGAGCCCAUCAAACUGGUACGCUAUUGUUCUGCAGCAAGUCUCAGUAUAUGGUGUUGCAGUCGGGUACUGUGUUUCUGCAUCCCUGCUUUCCAUCAUCAAUAAAUGGGCAGUCAUGAAGUUCCCUUACCCAGGUGCAUUGACUGCCCUACAAUACUUCACUAGUGCAGCUGGAGUUUUUGUUUGUGGUUGUGCUGGAUUUAUUGAACACGAUCGUCUUGAUCUCUUGACAAUGUGGCGGUUCCUACCUGCUGCAAUUAUAUUUUAUCUUUCCCUAUUCACCAACAGCGAGCUUCUCUUGCAUGCCAAUGUUGAUACAUUCAUCGUUUUCCGCUCGGUAGUACCAAUUUUUGUUGCCAUUGGUGAGACCCUUUUCCUGCACCAGCCUUGGCCAUCAAUGAAGACAUGGUUCUCACUUGCUACGAUCCUCGCUGGUAGCGUUCUUUAUGUACUGACAGAUUAUCAAUUCACAUUGACUGCUUACUUUUGGGCUUUGGCUUAUCUCAUAAGCAUGUCCAUCGAUUUUGUAUACAUAAAGCAUGUUGUUAUGACCAUAGGGCUGAAUACAUGGGGCCUUGUGCUGUACAACAACUUAGAGGCACUUCUUUUGUUUCCAUUGGAACUUCUUAUCAUGGGUGAACUCAAGAAAAUCAAGCAGGAAAUCUCAGAUGAAUCUGAUUGGCACUCGUUUGCGGUGGUUUUGCCUGUUGGGUUAUCAUGCUUAUUUGGUUUGUCGAUCUCUUUCUUUGGGUUCUCUUGUCGAAGGGCGAUUUCUGCAACUGGAUUCACUGUACUUGGGAUCGUGAAUAAACUCCUGACUGUUGUGAUCAAUUUAGUAAUCUGGGAUAAGCAUUCAACAUUCAUUGGAACCGUGGGGCUGUUGAUAUGUAUGUUCGGUGGAAUCUUGUACCAACAAUCAACAAGCUCAAAGCCGAAGGCAGCCACGAAAGAGGUAAGAGUAGACGAAACAGUGGACGAAGAGCAACAAAAACUACUUGAAAUGCAAAGUGUUUCAGAUAGCGACAAUGCGGAGAACAAAGUUAGCCAGUCAGAGGAUGGGAAAUCAUGAGGUGUUUACAAACGGUAAUGCUUUUAUAGAAAAUUGUAUUUGGUUGCAUUUUGGGAUUCAAAUUUAUCACUUGUAACAUGGCAAUUUAGUUUUUUACAAGGCUCUUUGACAGCAGUUAGUUGCAUUUGAUGUAUAUCUUAUUCUAUUCAUUGAAAUUGUUCUUUUUUCCUUCAAAAUCCUACAUGGAAGUGAAUAUACAUGUAUCUUAAUAUUGCAUGA